AUGUCGCUUGUCGCGGUGCCCUUCUACCAAAAGAGACACAAGCAUUUUGACCAGUCCUACCGCAAUAUCCAAACACGGUACCUUCUGGAUGAAUACGCAGCGAAAAAGAAGCGCGCUUCUGCCCAGUCGUCUUUGCAGAGAUCCAUCACUCGGAAGUCGUCCUCGCAGAGGGAGUCCAGCCGGGCAGCGCUGGGAGAGACCACCCUGGGAGAGACCACCCUCGGGGAGACCACUCUGGGGGAGUCCACGCUGGGCAGGACCACCUGCCGGCUGUGUGCCAAGAGGGUGAGCAGCGCGCUGGAAGAAGAGGCGCAGGAGAGGAAGCGCAGGUACCAGUCGAUGGUGGCUGCCUACGGCGAGGCCAAGCGGGAGCGCUACCUGAGCGAGCUGGCCCAGCUGGAGGAGGACGUGCACGUGGCCCGCACCCACGCCCGGGACCAGCUGGACAGGCUGGCCCUGCAGCACGCGGGCAGACACGGCCUGCACCACGCGGUGGACGACAGGCUGGCCUGGGAGCGGCACUCGUUCGAGGAUCGAAUAAGCCGGGCGCCGGAGAUCCUGGUGCGGCUGCGCUCACACACCGUCUGGGAGCGGAUGUCAGUCAAGCUGUGCUUCACGGUGCAGGGGUUCCCCACCCCCGUGGUGCAGUGGUAUAAAGACGGCAGCUUGAUCUGCCAGGCCGGGGAGCCAGGCAAGUACAGAAUCGACAGCAAGUACGGCGUGCACACGCUGGAGAUCAACAGGGCCGACUUCGACGACACCGCGACCUACUCGGCGGUAGCCACGAACGUGCAUGGACAGGUGUCCACCAACGCGGCAGUGGUGGUGAGAAGGUUCCGGGGUGACGAGGAGCCGUUCCAUUCGGUGGGGCUCCCGAUUGGAUUGCCCCUGUCGUCCGUGAUCCCGUACACGCACUUUGACGUCCAGUUCAUUGAGAAGUUCGGAGUCACCUUCCGGCGGGAGGGCGAGACCCUGACUCUCAAGUGCACGCUACUGGUGACGCCGGACCUGAAGCGCGUGCACCCCAGGGCCGAGUGGUACCGAGAUGACGUGCUGCUGAAGGAGUCCAAGUGGACCAAGAUGUUCUUCGGGGAAGGCCAGGCCUCGCUGUCCUUCAGCCACCUCAACAAGGACGACGAGGGGCUCUACACCCUGAGGAUCGUGUCCAGGGGGGGGAUCACCGACCACAGCGCCUUCCUGUUUGUCCGAGAUGCUGACCCCCUGGUCACCGGGGCCCCGGGCGCACCCAUGGACGUGCAUUGCCACGACGCGAACCGGGACUACGUCAUCGUGAGCUGGAAGCCCCCCAACACGACCAAGGAGAGCCCGGUCAUCGGCUACUUCAUCGACCGAUGUGAGGUGGGAACUGACAGCUGGGUACAGUGCAAUGACGCCCCCGUGAAGAUCUGUAAAUACCCCGUGACUGGACUCUUUGAGGGGAGGUCUUACAUAUUCCGCGUGCGCGCCGUCAACAGCGCAGGGAUCAGCCGGCCUUCCAGAGUCUCCGAGGCUGUGGCUGCCCUGGACCCUCUGGACCUCAGAAGGUUACAAGCUGUCCACUUGGAGGGAGAGAAAGACAUCGUGAUCUACCAGGAGGACCUUGAAGGCGAAGUCCAGAUCCCGGGACCUCCCACCAACGUGCACGCCUCGGAAACCAGCAGGACAUAUGUGGUCCUCAGCUGGGACCCCCCUGAGCCCCGGGGCAAGGAGCCGCUGAUGUACUUCAUUGAGAAGUCCAUGGUGGGGAGCGGCAGCUGGCAGCGGGUGAAUGCCCAGAUGGCUGUGAGGUCCCCCAGGUACGCCGUCUUCGACCUCGCCGAGGGGAAGCCGUACGUGUUCCGAGUCUUGUCGGCAAACAAGCACGGCCUGAGCGACCCGUCGGAAAUCACUGCCCCCAUCCAGGCCCAGGACACCAUUGCGGUACCCUCGGCUCCUGGCCGCGUACUCGCGUCCCGGAACACCAGAACCUCGGUGGUGGUGCAGUGGGACCGGCCGAAGCACGAGGAAGAUCUGCUGGGCUACUACGUGGACUGCUGCGUGGCCGGCUCCAACGUCUGGGAGCCCUGCAACCACAAGCCCAUCGGCUACAACAGGUUCGUGGUGCAUGGCCUCACCACUGGCGAGCAGUACAUCUUCCGCGUUAAGGCUGUUAAUGCUGUCGGCGUGAGUGAGAACUCGCAGGAGUCGGACGUCAUCAAAGUCCAGGCCGCCCUCACCGUCCCUUCCCAUCCUUACGGGAUCACCCUCCUGAACUGUGAUGGCCACUCCAUGAUCCUGGGUUGGAAGGUGCCCAAGUUCAGCGGCGGCUCCCCCAUCAUCGGCUACUACGUCGACAAGCGGGAGGCUCACCACAAAAACUGGCAUGAGGUCAACUCCUCGCCGCUCAAAGAGAGGAUCCUGACGGUGGAGGGCUUGACCGAAGGCUCCCUCUAUGAAUUCAAAAUUGCCGCCGCCAACAUGGCGGGGAUCGGGCAGUCAUCGGACCCCAGUGAGCUGUUCAAAUGUGAGGCCUGGACGAUGCCGGAGCCAGGCCCUGCCUACGACCUGACGUUCUGUGAGGUCCGGGACACGUCCCUGGUGCUGCUUUGGAAACCCCCAGUGUACUCGGGCAGCAGCCCUGUCUCUGGCUACUUCGUGGACUACAAAGAAGAGGACUCUGGAGAAUGGCUCACUGUCAACGAGGCCGCCACACCGCAUCGCUACUUGAAGGUGUGUGACCUUCACCACGGAAAGACCUACGUGUUCCGCGUGCGGGCAGUGAACGCCAGUGGGGUGGGGAGGCCCUCGGACACGUCGGAGCCGGUGCUGGUGGAGGCCAGGCCAGGCACGAAGGAGGUCAGCGCGGGCGUGGACGAGGAGGGCAACGUCUACCUGAGCUUUGACUGCCCGGAGGUGACGGACGCCUCCCACUUCACGUGGUGCAAGUCCUACGAGGACAUCGCAGACGAUGACAGGUUCAAGGUCGAGACCGCGGGGGACCACUCGAAGCUGUACUUCAAGAACCUGGACAAAGAGGACCUGGGAACGUACUCUGUGUCUGUCAGCGACACGGACGGCGUGUCCUCAAGCUUUGUCAUGGAUGAGGAAGAGCUGGGACGUCUGAAGGCCCUGAGCAAUGAGAUCAAGAACCCCACGAUUCCUCUGAAGUCAGAAUUAGCUUAUGAGAUUUUCGACAAGGGCCAGGUCCGCUUCUGGCUCCAGGCCGAGCACUUAUCCCCAGACUCCAGCUACCGCUUUAUCAUCAACGACAGAGAAGUCUCCGACAGUGAGGCACACAGAAUCAAGUGUGACAAGUCCACUGGCAUCAUCGAGAUGGUGAUGGAUCGGUUCACCAUUGAUAACGAGGGCACCUACACCGUGCAGAUUCAGGACGGAAAAGCCAAAAGCCAGUCUUCCCUGGUUCUCAUUGGAGACGCAUUCAAGACUGUCCUAGAAGAGGCUGAAUUGCAAAGAAAGGAGUUCCUCAGGAAACAAGGCCCGCAUUUUGCUGAGUACCUACACUGGGAUGUUACAGACGAGUGUGAGGUUCGGCUUGUGUGUAAGGUUGCAAACACCAAGAAGGAAACGGUUUUCAAGUGGCUAAAGGAUGAUGUUCUGUAUGAAACGGAGAAGAUGCCUGACCUGGAGAAGGGGGUCUGUGAGCUGCUCAUACCAAAGUUGUCGAAGAAGGAUCACGGUGAAUACAAGGCGACCUUGAAAGACGACAGGGGUCAGGAUGUGUCUACCCUUGAGAUAGCUGGCAAAGUGUACGAGGAUAUCAUUUUGGCGAUGAGUAGAGUCUGUGGAGCCUCUGCGUCUCCACUGAAGAUUCUCUGCACCCCAGAAGGAAUAAGGCUUCAGUGCUUCAUGAAAUACUUCACUGAGGAAAUGAAGGUGAACUGGUACCACAAGGACGCUAAGAUCGCGUCGAGCGAGCACAUGAGGAUCGGCGGCAGUGAGGAGAUGGCCUGGCUGCAGAUCUGUGAGCCCACAGAGAAGGACAAGGGGAAGUACACCUUCGAGAUUCUCGACGGCAAGAAGAACCACCAGCGCUCGCUCGACCUGUCUGGUCAGGCUUUCGAUGAAGCGUUUGCCGAAUUCCAGCAGCUCAAGGCCGCUGCUUUUGCAGAGAAAAAUCGUGGCAAGGUGAUCGGCGGCCUGCCCGACGUGGUGACCAUCAUGGAGGGGAAGACCUUGAACCUGACCUGCACGGUGUUCGGGAACCCUGACCCAGAGGUCGUGUGGUUCAAGAACGACAAGGACAUUGAGCUGAGCGACCACUUCUCGGUCAAGGUGGAGCAGGCCAAGUACGUCAGCAUGACCAUCAAGGGCGUGACCUCCGAGGACUCCGGCAAGUACAGCAUGCACGUGAAGAACAAGUACGGUGGCGAGAAGAUCGACGUGACGGUCAGCGUGUACAAGCAUGGGGAGCAGAUCCCCGACGUGGUGCCGCCCCAGCAAGCCAAGCCCAAGCUGCUCCCCGCGGCCGCCGCCUCACCCGCCCACUGAGGGUCGGGGGCCAUGCCAUCCCCGCAGGUGGCGUCCCGCGUGGCCUGACAGCCCCUGCACGUUGUGGUUUUAUCUUGGUGUUCUGUUGUUAGUAGUUUCGGUCCUUCUGAGCGGAAGUGCGUUUCCCCAUACAACUGUGUCUGCCUGCCCUGGACAGGGUGGGCUGGGGGUGAGCUGAUGCCUCGCUGGGGUGUUCUGUCCAUGAUGCCUGCAGGCCUGGGGGCUCUGAGAUGCUGGGGCGGUCAGCACAUGUGCCUCUUGCUCUCUGCUUUCUCUCG